AUGACAUCCCUUGCUUCUUUCAAGAACCCGGCGGCCUAUGGAACUCUCCUCGGCAGCACCCUCUUCCAGUCCUUCAUCGGCGGCAUCGUCGCCUUCCGCGCCCUCCCCCGUCCCAUGUUCUCCACCCUCCAGAAAGCCACCUUCCCCGCCUACUUCACGCUCCAAACCGUCACACCCGCGCUCAUGGCCCUGACCUACCCCGGCGGACCCUCGGCACUGUGGACAUACAAGGCCAGCGGCGACGGUCUGGCGUUCUGGCUCACGAGCACCAUGUUUACUACUGCGUUGGUUAAUCUGCUGUAUGUAGGGCCGGAGACGACGAGGAUCAUGAAAGUGAGGAAGCACCAGGAGACGAAGGAUGGGAAGAAGAGCUAUGAUAAGGGACCGCAUAGCAAGGAGAUGGAGGCAUUAAACAGGCAAUUUGGUAUUUUGCAUGGCGUGAGCUCGUUGGUGAACUUGAUCGGUUUCCUGGGUAUGUGUUGGUAUGGAGUGCUGCUUGGGGAGGGCCUCCGGUGGUGA